ACGAGAUAGUGAUAGAAAGAGAAAGCCGGGAGAGAGAGACGGAGAGAAAUUCAGGAGAGAGAGAGAGACAGAGAGUCAUGAAGAAACUUUAAUCCAGAGAGAUGGAGGGAGAGGGUUAAGCCGGAACCCUGACCCUAACACUAUGGGGAAGCAGAAGCAGCAGGUCAUUUCUCGCUUCUUCGCACCAAAAGAAGCCCUAACCUCAACCCCACCUUCAAAAAAGCUCAAAUCCUGUUCCUCUUCUCCAAGCCCUGGAAAUGCAGAGAAAACCCUAAUUUCCGCAAAAACCGUAGCCAAUUCAUCAAAACCUAUAGUUUCCUCCAAAGCCAUAGCCACGCCUCCAAAAACCCUAAUUUCACCUGCAAAAUCAGACUCAAAAUCUUCUCUACCUGCGUUCAAUCCAUCUCUUCAUCGCAAAUUCCUUGAGAAACUCCUUAAUCCACCGUCUUCAAAUCGUACCUUGUCCAACCAUAAAUUGGCUUCAAAUGACCAGAAAUUCACCCCAUUAGAGCAACAGGUGCUUUCACUGAAAUCACAGUACCCAGAUGUCUUGUUAAUGGUUGAAGUGGGGUAUAAAUUUAGGUUUUUUGGGGAAGAUGCAGAGACGGCAGCUAGGGCUUUGGGUAUAUAUUGUCACCAAGAUCAUAAUUUCAUGACUGCAAGCAUUCCUUCCUUUAGGCUCCAUGUUCAUGUACGUAGGCUCGUGGGUUUAGGCUUUAAGGUUGGGGUGGUUAAGCAAACAGAGACAGCUGCUAUAAAAGCUCACGGGUCGAACAAAGUUGGGCCCUUUUCAAGGGGCCUCUCUGCCUUGUAUACAAAGGCCACUAUAGAGGCAGCUGGUGAUUUAGGGGGAGAACUGGGUGAUGCUUGUUAUAAUUCGAGCAAUUAUGUUAUGUGCGUUGUUGAGAAGAGUGAAUUGGGGUUUGUAGAAGAAGGUUUUGAUACUAGAAUCGGCAUUUUAGCAGUGGAGAUUUCGACUGGUGAUGUGAUUUUUGGGGAAUUUAAAGAUGGGGUUAUGAGGGCUCAGCUUGAAGCUGUGCUUUUAAGUGUUGGCCCGGCGGAAUUGCUUUUGGGUUCUCCCCUUUCAGCCCAGACGGAGAAGAUACUUUUGGGAUAUGCUGGUCCCACAUCUAAUGUUCGGGUUGAGCGUGCUUCACGAGAAUGCUUUAAUGAUGGAGGGGCCCUUGCUGAAGUGAUGUCUUUAUAUGAAAAAUUGGUGGAAGAUGGUUCGACUGUGAAGCAGUGUGAGCAGAAGGAAGAUAUCAAGCCGAAUGAAAAACUUUCUCUUGGAGUGGAGGGAAUCAUGGCGAUGCCAGAACUGCCUGUCCAAGCACUUGCGUUAGUUCUUCGCUACCUUAAGCAAUUUGAAUUGGAGAGAAUAUUGUGUUUAGCGACAUUUCGACCAUUAUCUAGCAGCAUUGAGAUGACUCUUUCAUCAAAUAUUCUUCAGCAGCUGGAGGUUCUGAGGAACAAUUCCGAUGGUUCUGAGAUUGGUUCCUUAAUAAAGUUGAUGGACAACACUCUCACUGCAUUUGGUUCUAGACUUCUGAAACACUGGUUGACCCAUCCUCUGCGCGACAGGAUCUCAAUCUUGGCACGCCUUGAUGCAGUUUCUGAGAUUGCAGAUUCGAUCCGUGUGGGUGAAGGUGCACAUAAUGCAGCAGACAAUGAAUCCACUGAUUGUGGUGCAAAAGUGGUCCGCGUUGAACUUUACAAUCUUCUUUCGUCAGUUUUAACCACAUUGGGUAGGUCUCCUGAUGUUCAAAGGGGAAUUGCACGAAUUUUUCACCGAACAGCCACUCCAAAGGAGUUCAUUGCAGUCAUCCAUGCAUUAUUGUGUGCUAGUAAACAACUUCAACGACUUGACCUUGGGGAGGAAAGUAACGAGGGACCAACGAGUCCUCGAUCAGAUUUAUUAAGAAGAUUAAUUUUGACAGCAUCAUCAUUGAAAGUAACAAGCCAUGCUGCAAAACUUCUCUCCGCUUUAAACAAGGAUGCAGCAGACCUAGGAGAUAUAAAUAAUCUGUUUAUAGCAUCAAAUGACAAGUUCCAAGAGGUUGCAAGAGGCUGCACAGCUGUUCAGGCAGCUGAGGAAAAAUUGGAUGCUCUAAUUGGUCAGUACAGGAAAAUACUUGGAAUACGGAAUUUGGAGUUCUUGAGCGUCUCUGGUUCCACUCACUUAAUAGAGUUGGCAUCAGAAGUAAGGGUACCCCAAAAUUGGGUCAAGGUCAAUAGUACCAAGAAAACAAUUCGCUACCACCCUCCUGAAGUCCUUACUGCUUUAGAUGGACUUGCACUUGCCAAGGAAGAACUGACUAUCAUUUGCAAAACUACUUGGGAGAGCUUUUUAGCUGGAUUUGGUAGUUAUCAUGCAGAUUUUCAAGCUUCUGUUCAAGCCUUAGCUGCUCUAGAUUGUCUGCUCUCACUUGCUAUUCUUUCUCGUAAUCAAAAUUAUGUUCGUCCUGUUUUUUUGGAAGAGAAUGAACCUGCACAGAUACAAAUUCAGUCCGGUCGACAUCCGGUUCUGGAGUCAAUUUUACAAGAGAGUUUUGUCCCUAAUGACACCAAUUUGCAUGUAGAGAGGGAGUAUUGUCAAAUCGUCACUGGGCCAAACAUGGGUGGGAAGAGUUGCUACAUUCGCCAGGUUGCUCUUAUUGCCAUUAUGGCUCAGGUUGGUUCAUUUGUACCAGCAUCAUCAGCAAGGUUACAUGUCUUGGAUGCCAUUUACACUAGAAUGGGGGCAUCUGAUAGCAUCCAGCAUGGGUCCAGCACCUUCUUUGAGGAGCUAAGUGAGACCUCAUCCAUACUCCAUAGUUGCAGUUCACGAUCUCUGGUGAUUAUCGAUGAGCUGGGUCGAGGUACAAGCACCCAUGAUGGGGUCGCCAUAGCCUAUGCCACACUACAUUACCUUCUCAAAGAGAAGAAAUGCUUGGUUCUCUUUGUAACCCACUACCCCAAAAUUAUUGAUAUAAAAUACAAGUUUCCCGGUUCCGUUGGGCCCUAUCACGUUUCAUAUUUGACAACAAAGACCACAGAAAAUGGAGAAAAUACAGGUCAUGGAAAUGUGACUUUUCUUUAUAAGGUUGUUCCUGGUGGGACAGACAAGAGCUUUGGCCUUAACGUUGCUGGGCUUGCACAGCUUCCUGCAUCAUGUAUAGCACGAGCUGCUGUCAUGGCUGCCAAAUUGGAGUCAGACGUGUGCAGUCGGCUGAAGAACAGGUUAUCGGGGAACAUACAGAGAGUGUCAGUCAUAGAUCACAGCCCUUUUGAUGAACACGGAGUUCGGGAGAAAGAAUAUCUUGAGGUUUUCUCUCUCUUAUGGAACAGUUUGCUAGAUUCUGAUCCCUCAAACUGUCUUCACUCCUUGAAAGACAUUCAGAAGCAUGCAUUGGAGAUCUUUUCUUCAGAAAAUGGUCAAUAAACAGAUGUUGAGGGGGAGGAUGGUGAUCUGCCUAAGAGAAUGGGGGACUACAGCUCAAUUGACUUUCUAUUCUAGUCACAGUCCAAUGCAAGGUUCUUGUGGCAUUAAUUUUCCGCGAGUUGAAGGCCUACCACAUUGAAAGUGUGGUAAAUUUUGUAUGUAAAAAAAAUGUAAUUAGAAGUUUUGAAACUUCGCUUUUAUACAUAUUUAUGAGUCUUCAAUAUACAGUUCGGAAUUUCAUAUUCCAAUUUGCUGACGUUGAUUGUUAUUUUGCUUUUUUAACAUGUUAACAUAUGAUUAUCUAACUUUUGAACUUACU